GGCACAACCUGGGUAACCCAGGAUGUAGCCAAGCUGAGGCUUCGUUGCACCCCUCUACCCGCUCUGCAGUGUUCUCGCCCUGUCCCCACCUCGCCAUGCUGCCAGCGACAGAUUCUGGGCAUCCCCACGCUCUCCCACGCUCUGACCCACCCACCUGGGCCCCACGGGGAUGACAGCACUUCGCUGGGGCGAAGACCCCCUAGAUCUUGGAGGAGAGCCCGGUUCCCACCAUGAGUGCGGAGCUCAAUGUGCCCAUGGACCCCUCCAACCCUGCCUGCCCCGAGCCCGGCCACAAGGGCAUGGAUUACCGAGACUGGGUCCGACGCAGCUACCUGGAGCUGGUCACCUCCAACCACCAUUCGGUGCAGGCGCUGUCCUGGAGAAAGCUGUACCUGAGCAGGGCCAAGCUGAAGGCCUCCAGCCGGACCUCCGCCCUCCUCUCCGGCUUCGCCAUGGUAGCCAUGGUGGAGGUGCAGCUGGAGACGCAGUACCAGUACCCACAGCCCCUGCUCAUCGCCUUCAGCGCCUGCACCACGGUGCUGGUGGCGGUGCACCUGUUCGCUCUGCUCAUCAGCACGUGCAUCCUGCCCAACGUGGAAGCCGUGAGCAACAUCCACAACCUCAACUCCAUCAGCGAGUCCCCGCACGAGCGCAUGCACCCUUACAUUGAGCUCGCCUGGGGCUUCUCAACCGUGCUGGGCAUCCUGCUCUUCCUGGCCGAGGUGGUACUGCUCUGCUGGAUCAAGUUCCUCCCCGUGGACGCCUGGGCCCAGCCGGGCUCCGGCAGGUACACAGGCUGGCAGGCCGCGCUGGUGUCCACCAUCAUCAUGGUGCCGGUGGGCCUCAUCUUCGUGGUGUUCACUAUUCACUUCUACCGUUCCCUGGUGCGGCAUAAGACCGAACGCCACAACCGGGAGAUCGAGGAGUUGCACAAGCUCAAAGUGCAGCUGGAUGGGCACGAGAGAAGCCUGCAGGUGGUGUGAGCGAGGCGUGCACGGUUUGGCACAGCCUGCAGGAGAGUGACCCUCAGUCGGUGGGUGUUGGCCACCGCGCUGCUGGUAGGAGUAGCCGAGGGGGCUGCCAGACCAACCCUGGCUUCGUGAGAACCACUCACUACGGCUGCGUCACAAGAGCCCCAGUGGGGCUUGCUAAGCAGACAUCACAGAAGCUGCCCCGCCCGAUACUUCCAUACUCCUCAGAGGAAAAGAGUCUAAAGGCGUGAGAAUCCCAACCAUUGUAUCACAGAGGCCAGAGGAAGAAACAUGAUCCCAUGGCCCUGGGGAUGGCCUGGAUCAGGGACAAGCUGGAAACACCUUGUCCUGGGAAGGUCAUGGUAGAUCUCGGACAUCUGGACCUGGUGAUUGGCAGGGCAGGACUGAAGUCCCAAGGCUGCCUGGAGGGCCGGGGCUCCAUUAGUUGCUUGCCUAGUGUGCAGGAAGCCCUGGGUUUGAUCCCAGCACUACAUACACCAGGUGUGAUCAACCCAGUUCUAGGGAGGCGGAGGCAGGAGGAUCAGGAGUUCGAAGUCGUCCUCCGCUACAUGGUGAGUUUGAGGCCUUGUGAGACACUGUCAAACAACACGCGCAUGCAUGCCCGUGAAAACACACACACACACACACACACACACACACACACACAUAAAGA